AUGGCCGGUAAGAAGUCUAAGAAGUCCAAGAACAAUAAAAACAAUAACAAUCGCCCUCCCGUCGGUUCUGCACCACCCCCUGAACCUGAGAACAAAGCCGUCGUCGACUCUGCCCCGGACCCGGCGGUAGCCGCUGUUGAGGAUGCCUUACCAACUAACACGUUCCAAAAUUACCCUGUCACCUUUUCAGCGACCGAUCUGACCGAGGGCGAAAAUCAGGACAACAAAGAGCCCACCGCCGAACCGGAGAAGGACCCUGCCUCUGAAGACACCCCUGCCGCUGAACCGAGUGGCGAUGAUAGCCCGGCCGCUGAGCCUACAGAUUCCGCAGAGGCUGCACCACCAGCCGAGUCUCAACCCGACGAGGCUGCCCCAGAAGCUAAAGAAGAGGGCAAAGAUGAGCCAGAGCCAGGUGCAGAGAAGCCCGACGAGGCUUCCGAGGCUACUGUAGAAGAUGCAAAGCCCGCCGAGGAUGCGAAACCUGACGACGGUGCAGCGCCCGAAGGCGAAGCAAAACCUGACGAGGAAGUAAAGUCCGAAGAGGAAGCAAAGCCUGAAGGCGAAGCAAAGCCUGAGGAGGAAGCAAAAGCCGAAGAGGAAGCAAAAGCCGAAGGCGAAGCAAAGCCUGAGGAGGAAGCAAAAGCCGAAGGCGAAACAAAGCCUGAGGAGGAAGCAAAAGCUGAAGGCGAAGAAAAGCCGGAAGGGGAUCCAAAGCCAGAAGACGAUCCAAAGCCUGACGAUGAAUCUAAGCCCGAAGGUGGCGCAGCGUCCGAUGACAGUGCGAAGCCUGGAGAAGAAUCAAACCCCGAAGAAGGUGCCAAACCCGAAGACGCAAAAGAUUCUCCAGCAGACGAAGCCACGAAGAAAGAAGGCGACAGCGGCACCAAUGAUGAAGAGUUUCCAGAUUUUGAUCUAAAUGUAGAUCCCGAGGCAGUAGCAGCCGAGAAAGAGGCUGCUGCUAAAGCGGCCGCCGAAGACGCUCUAGAGAAUGCAGAAGAUACGCCAAAGGCAGAUGAAACACCUGCAGAGGCUGCUGAGACUCCAGCAGAGCCAGAGCCAGUCGUGGAGGAGCCAAAGUCUUCAAGCAAGUCUAAGAAAAAGAAAGGCAAAAAGGGCAAGGGCAAGCGGCCGAACCAGCGCCGGAGCCCAAAGUUGAGCCCGAAAAGCCCGCAGAUAACCCCCCCUGAUCCCCCAGCCCCCGAAGAGCCACCCGCACCCGAGCCACCCACAGAGGAGCCAGAGGCAGAGGAAAAGCUGACGGGUAAGAGUAAGAAAAAAAAGGGCAAGAAGAAUAAGGCCGCUAAGGCAGUUGAUGCAGAGCCAGCGCCAGCGCCAGAGCCUGAACCAUCACCCGAGCCAGCAGAGACGCCAGCAGCAGAACCAGAACCUGCUCCAGCCGCAGCAGCUGAAGAAGAAAAGGCCCCCGAAGAGACUGUCAAGGAACCAGAACCGGAAGCUACGCCAGAAGAAACACCUGCUGUCGAGCCCGAAGCUGCUGCGGAGGACAAGGUGGAACCUGUAGAGUCCGAACCAGUCGAAGCUCCUAAGGCGGAAAUCGUCGAAGAGAGCACUCCAGCCGAGCCUGAGGCCGAACCAGCUAAAGAGGCCCCGGUAGAGGUUGAAGUUCCCGCCGAGGUGGUAGCCGAGGAACCCGCUGCCGAGAAAGCGCCUGAAGAAGCGGCACCAGCUCCUGCUGAUCCUGUUGUUGAAGCUCCUGCUGAACCUGCCGCCGAGCCCGUUGCUGAAGCUCCUGCUGAACCUGCUCCCGAGCCCGUUGUUGAAGCUCCCGCUGAGCCUACUCCCGAGCCUGUCGCUGAACCUGCUGCUGAACCUGCUGCUGAACCUGCUGCUGAACCUGCUGCUGAACCUGCUGCUGAACCUGCUGCUGAACCUGCUGCUGAACCUGCUGCUGAACCUGCUGCUGAACCUGCUGCUGAACCUGCUGCUGAACCUGCUGCUGAACCUGCUGCUGAACCUGCUGCUGAACCUGCUGCUGAACCUGCUGCUGAACCUGCUGCUGAACCUGCUGCUGAACCUGCUGCUGAACCUGCUGCUGAACCUGCUGCUGAACCUGCUGCUGAACCUGCUGCUGAACCUGCUGCUGAACCUGCUGCUGAACCUGCUGCUGAACCUGCUGCUGAACCUGCUGCUGAACCUGCUGCUGAACCUGUCGCUGAAACUGCUGCUGAGUCUGCUGCUGAGCCCGUUGCUGAAGCUCCUGCUGAACCUGCUCCCGAGCCCGUUGUUGAAGCUCCCGCUGAGCCUACUCCCGAGCCUGUCGCUGAACCUGCUGCUGAACCUGCUGCUGAACCUGCUGCUGAACCUGCUGCUGAGCCCGCUGCUGAACCUGCUGCUGAUCCUGCUCCCGAGCCUGUCGCUGAAACUGCUGCUGAGUCUGUGGUCGAGGCUCCCGCCGAAGCUACUCCCGAACCUGCUCCUGAGCCCGUGGUCGAAACUCCUGCCGAACCGACUCCCGAACCUGCUGCUGAGCCUACCCCGGAGCCAGCCACAGAGCCUAUUCCUGAGCCUGUGGCUGAACCCGCUGCCGAACCGGUCGUGGAACCUCCUGCUGGGUCUACCCCAGAGCCUGUUGCGGAACCUGAUGCCGAGCCCGUGGCUGAAGCCCAUGACGAGCCAAUCCCCGAACCUGCUCCUGAGCCUGUGGCUGAACCUGCUGCUGAGCCUGAACCUGCUGCUGAGCCUGAACCUGCUGCUGAGCCUGUGGCUGAACCUGCUGCUGAGCCUGAACCUGCUGCCCCAGAACCAGUGGUUGAGGAACCUGCUCCCACCCCAGUGGAAGAGACACCAGCAGAAGCCGUGGCAGAAUCGGAAGCUGUGCCCGUUGAGGCGCCAAGGGAGAUUCCAGAUGAAGCACCUGCUAAUGACCCAGUACCCGAAGAGCCAGCUCCUAUCGAAGCUGCCCCAGCGGAGGCUCCGACACCUGACGAAUCCCCGGUGGAACCGCUAGUUCCGGAAAGAGCCCCAACUGAGACACCAGAGGCCGAUUUAGCUGCAGCUCCAGUUGAGACUCCAACGCUAGAAGAGGCCCUGCCUGAAACACCGCCAGAGGAGCCAACCCCUGAGCCAGAGGCUGCCAGAGACCUCCUCAUCGAAGACCCACCAGUAGAACCAGAAACUGCCCCCGAGCGAGUCUCAGUCCCCGCUAGCGACGAAGUGGCGCCCGACGAGCUUGUCACACCCCCAGCCGACGCCCCGCGUGAGGUGGAGAUGAUCGACGUCGGGCCUCUCGAUGAAAGCGCAGAAGCUGCAGCAGCUCGCCGCAGCUCCAGACGCCGCAGAAAGCGCACCUCGCCGGUCGAGGGAGAACGAGAGCGUCGAAUCGACGGAGAGCGUCGGCAGUCCAAAACAUCUUCUGAAGGUCGCCGUGAUCAACUCGAGCGCCAGAAGAGCGAUCGAGGCAUUUUCACCAACCGCUGGGCCAAAGCACUGGAAGAAGCCCGACGCCAACACGAUGAGAAAUCCCAAUUGCAACGAAAGCAGCGCGCUCUCGCUGAUGAACGAGAACGCAGCGGCAUCCCCGCCCCGGAAAAACUGAAGCGUACGAAGAGCUCGUCCAAGGAGAAAGAGAGAGAGAGGCUAAGGGAACUAGAAAUGGAGCCCGAAGUGAUCGAACCCAGAUCCAAACGCCGCACCUCCGAAACUCCCCCAAGUCAACCACUCGAGCGAGCCCGCUCAACCAGGACCUCACCGAAGCAGGUGGCGCCACCGGUCCCGAUUCCCAGGCCCCGUGCCUUCCUCCGAUACAUGACAGAAGGUAAAUCGGAUACCAAUGGGCCUUUGCUGCGUCUAAACGCGAUGAAGGCUGCACCGCCUGUUGAAAUGCCACGCCGGUCAUCGGCAAGUCAUAGCAGUGGCAGCCGUCAUGAACACGAAGACCGGCAGUCUAAUGGUCGAUCUAGUGGAUCACGAUCGCGGCGCGAAGAGGAGGCCCCUCGAAGUGAGCGUGUCGAGCGCACUGAGAGUAGGAGAUUGCGACGUUCGUCGACUGCUGAGUAUGGUCGGUCUAGGGAGGAGAGAAGGGAAGAGAGAAGGGAAGAGAGAAGGGAGAGAGACAGAGGGAAAGAUCGAGAUCGGGAGCGUGAGCGUGAGCGUGAGAGCGAACGUGAACGCGAACGGAGAAUAGAUGGGGAGAGGGAGAGGGAGAGGGAACUGAAGCCCGAGGGCUCCUCCCGACGUUCUAGGGAGUCACGAGAGGUGCGCUCUCAUCGCCGCCACAGGCGCGAGGAAUCGCCUCCCCGCGAGGAGUCGAAGCUGAAAGGCAUCUGGAGAGCAAUUGCUGCCCAUUGA